AUGGAGCUCUUUGGUUGCAAGCAAGAUGCCACAAGGGAUACCAGCAAUCGCUCUACACAGCCAGGGCAACGAACACGGCGCGCCCCCAAUCUCCCUCUAAACGAGCAUUACAACCAGCCAGUGCGCAACCAUGUAUGGCGUAGCAAGCGACGGACAUGGACACGCGCGCAGCUCGACCGCGAGCGUGCCGAGUUCUUCGAGACACGCGUCACCGGCAGGCCGGAAAUAUGGGCUGCUCUUUCGACGGCGAUAUCGCUGAUUCGCAGCGGUGACUUAGUUACUGCGCAAAGUAUUAUCGAUGCUGCGGGGAUUACUAUUCCCACUGGGGAUCUUUGUGAAGGUUGCUAUGAUGAGCAGGGGGCGCUUUACAGGAUUCCGCAAUGUGUUGUUAGUGACCCGGAGAAUAUAGUUCCCUCGUCUUCGCGGACGGCUAGUGAAGAUGGCGGUCCUGCUGGAUAUGAGGAGGAGCUGGAUACUGGGGCGAUCUCGGAUGGUAAACUUGCUACGGAUGAUGCUUCUGGGGACGAGUUGAUUUCACAAGAUAUUGAACGCCGCCGUGAUGAGAAGGGGAAGACGAGUGAGCGGGACUUAAUCCGCGUGCUUGCUCGUUUGAGUGACCGUGGAGGUCCAGAUAUACUGCUUUCUAUUAACAAGGGUCAGACUGUUGGCUUCUUGGCGAGGAAAGUGCAUCAAGAAGCUCAGCUCGAAGAUAAUAGGCGCGUUCGAAUCGCUUACCUGGGUCACUUGCUGAAUGAGCGUGAACCGCUCGUUGAUCAGGGGUGGAAGACUGGCCAUGUUGUCAAUGCUUUAGUCGUUUCCCCCGUUGAUGGUCUAGGCCCCGGACACAGAUCCUAG